AUGAAAAGUUCGUCGAUCUGUUCUUUCCUUCUCCCGCUACUCAUCUCAUUUCUCGUCCUCUUGCCCACAGAAUGCAGUGCUCAAGCGUUAGAAGAAGAUACGGAGAAGCGGUCAGCGCUUGAGCGCGACUUGAUGGCGUUCGGAAAGCGGGCAUUUGAUCGGGAUUUGUUGAGCUUCGGCAAAAGGAGUUCUAUGAUCGAUCGAGACAUGUUGUCGUUUGGAAAAAGGGCUGCUUAUGACCGAGACAUUUUGAACUUCGGAAAGCGAUCGGCGUUGGAUCGAGAUUUGCUUGCUUUCGGGAAACGGGAAUCCAUCGAUGAGCGAUUCAAGAAAGCGAUUGACCGAGAUUUGUUGUCAUUUGGAAAACGGAGCUUCUACAAAAGAAGA